AGGCACCCUGGUGGGACCCGCCGCACCUGGCCAACCACGGCCGGGGCCGCUCGCGGCUAGCUGCGGGGCACCCGCGCGGCAGCGGCGGCCAUGAGCGCGAGGAGGCAGCCUCCCGCGGCUCCGGUGCGGGACGACGUGUCGGUCGCCUCGUCCGGCAGCCGGCGGGGCAUGAGGAGGGUCGCGUCGUCGGUCAGCCUCAGCGCGCGGCGGGCGGCUGAGGCCAACGUGCGAGACGACGUGUCGGUGGCGUCGUCGUCCAGCAGGGGCCGGGGGAUGACACGGGCCACGUCGUUGCCCACCCCGCGGCAGUCGUCCGCGGGGUCCGCGGCGCGCCGGAGUCCGCGGAGUGACGCGCUGAGCCCGGCGUACGCGUCGGAGGAGGCGAGCGAGGCGAUCCGCAGGUACCUCGCUCAGAGGAAGACGGGCGCGGCGGAGGUUGGCAUGCUUCAGUCCAUGAGGUCGGUGGCCGCGUUCCUGCUCGACCCUGGCCUCAAGGGCCGGGCGGCCGAGCUGUCCGGGGAUGGCGCGGCGGUCCAGAGGAGGAAGCUCCUGGACCUGGAGAACCGGAUGGGAGCUGACCAUCCAGACACCUUGACGGCUGCGGAGUGGCUGGCGGACAUGUGGCCCGUGACUAGACAGGUCGAAGAGGCCGAGGCGCUGUACCGACGCGUCCUGGCGGCGCGCACCAAGGAGAGGGGCGCCAGGCACAUCUCCACGCUGUCCGCGUGCAGCGGCCUCGCCCUGCUCCUGAGAAAAGUCGGCAGGCCAGGCGACGCGGCGUCCCUGUCCGAUCGGGUGUUCCAGGAGCUGAAGAAAUCGCUCGGCCCGAGCCAGGCC